AUGGAGCUGAUCCUCCCGAGCGCGUUCUUCCUCCGCAAGACACCUCCAGUUUAUGUCUGGGACUUGCACCUUAAUGACCCUGAGUGUCGCGGUGAAGAGAUCGGAGAUGAGUUUGUCUUCAGCAUCAGAACCAACCUGUCGGACUGUGGCACUGUGGUGACAGCAGAAGAUGGACACAUCUUGUUCACGAACACCAUCAGCCACAACCAGAACCAGAGCGACGUCAUCACCAGGAACUACAUCAACAUCACCUUCGUCUGUCGCUACCCAAACUCCUACAUGGUCCAGCAGAAGACCAGCCACAACCAGAUCCAUGUGGACGUACGGACCAUCACUCUGAACACGGAGGAUGGAAACUUCUCGGUGUCGAUGGUUCUGUUCAAAGAUCCUCAGUUUCAGGACCAGUGGAAAACCAUCCCCUCCCUGCGUCUGGACGAUACCAUCUAUGUCAAGGUCCACAUGACCCCUCCUCAGCUGAGGCUCAGGAUGGAGCGGUGUUGGGCGACUCCCACCAGUGACCCCUACAGCAACAUCCAGUACAGCUUCAUCAGGGACAGCUGUCCGAUCCAGUCCCUGCAGACCCUCAGAGUCCUACAGAACGGUCUGGCUGCAGCUGCUCUCUUCAGGAUCCAGAUGUUUAAGUUUGUGGGCGGGUCCUACACCGAUGUCUUCCUCCACUGCAACAUCCACAUCUGCCACAGCGCCCCCCAGUGUCAGCCGUCUGAACAGAACUGUUCGGCUGAAGACGGUCUCCUGAGGCUGAGGAGGGACGCCCCCCUGUCCCACACCGUCUCCUACGGACCAAUCAGAAGAGCCCAGGAGGAGGCCAGCACAGGAGGUGGCCUCCUAAUGGGACUGACCCAGGAGGAGGACCAGGAGGAGGACCAGGAGGAGGACCAGGAGGAGGACCAGGAGGAGGACCAGGAGGUGGACCAGGAGGAGGACCAGGAGGAGGACCAGGAGGUGGACCAGGAGGAGGACCAGGAGGUGGACCAGGAGGAGGACCAGGAGGAGGACCAGGAGGAGGACUAA